AUGGUGCAGCGGACUUCCACCGCCGAAGUGAUGUCCGUGGACCUCAGCCCAAAGAAACCCAACAAGGCCUACGGCGGCGACGGCGGUGCCUACUACGACUGGUCCCCCGCCGACCUGCCCAUGCUCGGCGCUGCCUCCAUUGGCGCCGCCAAGCUCUGCCUCUCCGCCGGAGGCCUUGCCCUGCCCAGCUACUCCGACUCUGCCAAGGUCGCCUACGUCCUCCAAGGCAAGAGGGUGACUCGCUCGCGCUCCCUUUCGGCGUCGUCACCUGGUGACCUCGUGGUCCUCUUCCUCGGUGACACGUCCACGGGCCACAAGCGGGGCCAGUUCACCAACUUCCAGCUCACCGGCUCCACGGGCAUCUUCACGGGCCUGUCCACCGAGUUCGUCGCCCGCGCAUGGGACCUCACCCAGGCCGCCGCCGCCGAGCUCGUCUCCGCCCAGCCCGGCGCCGGCAUCAUCAGGGUCAAGGACGACCACAGGAUGCCCCAGGCCCGCGACGAGGACAGGGCGGGCUUGGUCCUCAACUGCCUGGAGGCGCCGCUCGACGUCGACAUCAAGAACGGAGGCCGCGUCGUGGUCCUCAACACCCGGAACCUGCCGCUCGUGGAGGAGGUCGGGCUCGGCGCCGACCUCGUCAGGAUCGACGCGCACUCCAUGUGCUCGCCCGGGUUCUCCUGCGACUCCGCGUACCAGGUCACCUACAUCGUGCGCGGCAGUGGCCGCGUCCAGGUUGUUGGGAUCGACGGCACGCGGGUGCUGGAGACCCGCGCCGAGGGAGGCUGCCUCUUCAUCGUGCCCAGGUUCUUCGUUGUCUCUAAGAUCGCCGACGAAACUGGCAUGGAGUGGUUCUCCAUCAUCACCACCCCCAACCCAAUCUUUAGCCACUUGGCGGGCAGGACAUCGGUGUGGAAGGCAAUAUCUCCUGCGGUUCUGGAGGCGUCGUUCAACACCACGCCGGAGAUGGAGAAGCUGUUCCGUUCCAAGAGGCUUGACUCAGAGAUCUUCUUCGCGCCUGCUUCAAAUUAA